AUGUCUGGUCGUCGCGGUGGUCGCGGCGGUCGUGGUGGUCGGCAGUCCGACUACCGUGGUGAACAGUCGUCAACUCCAUCGCCACUGCAGAGUGGUGGUAGAGGUAGAGGACGUGGUGGAAGGUCCUCGACUAAUCAGCCUUAUUCGUCUUCGUCAUCCACUCCCUCGCCUGCGGUGUAUGGAGCCGGUUCGACUUCAUCUUCGGCCAUCGAUCCUAGGACAAAUCUGCCUUCGUCUUCGUCAGUGUCAUCAACGACGCCCUCGGGUGCGGUGUAUGAAGUCGGUUCGACUUCAUCUUCGGCCACUGCUCCUAAGACAAAUCUGCCUUCUUCUUCGUUAGCGUCAUCGACGACGCCAUCGCGUGCUGUGUAUGAAGUCGGUUCGACUUCAUCUUCUGUCACUGCUCUUAGCCAGGAUGUGGAACGUAGUCUCACAUUGCAGACUCCGGCUUCAUCCGAGUCGGUGCCGGUUCCUAUACCUCCGGAGUCGACUGAAAAUUUACCUGUACGGCCUCCGCCGGCGUCUUCUAAGGCUCUGCGUUUUCCGUUUAGACCCGGUUAUGGUACCCGGGGAAUGAAAUGUGUUGUGAGAGCUAAUCAUUUCCUUGUCGACGUUGCAGACAAGGACCUUCAUCACUACGACGUUUCAAUCUCUCCAGAAGUGAUCUCGAAGGGAGUAAACCGUGCAAUAAUGAAACAACUAGUUAGUUUGUAUGGUGAAUCCCAUUUGGCAAAGUUUAAACCUGUUUAUGACGGUAAAAAGAGUCUUUUUACAGCAGGGCCUCUGCCCUUUGAAUCCAAGGAUUUUGCCAUCAAGCUAGUUGACAAAGAUGAUCGGACUGGAUCCACUAGGAGAGACCGCGAAGUCAAGGUGACUAUCAAGUUUGCGUCAAAAACUGAUCUUUAUCACUUAAAGCAAUUCUUGCUUGGAACACAAACUGAUGCACCGUAUGACACAAUACAAGCUCUUGAUGUGGUCCUAAGAGAGACCCCAUCCAUCAAGUACACUGUUGUGGGACGGUCAUUUUUCAGUCCUGAUCUUGGGCGAAGAUGUGAACUUGGUGAUGGAAUAGAAUGUUGGAAGGGGUACUAUCAGAGUCUUCGCCCUACCCAGAUGGGCCUAUCCCUCAAUUUAGAUGUAUCUGCCACAUCCUUUUAUGAGCCUAUACCAGUUAUCGAAUUUGUCAGGAAAUACCUCAACAUUAGAGAACAAUCAAGACCACUGUCUGAUAGAGAUCGUAUUAAGAUUAAGAAAGCACUUAGAGGUUUGAGAGUUGAGUUGACUCACAGUUCAGGUGUUAGACGAAAUAAGAUAUCUGGGAUUACGACUGUUCCCACAAGUCAAUUGACAUUCGUAGAUGACAUGGGGACAACAGUGUCCGUUGUUCGAUACUUUCAGGAGAGGUACAGAAUUAGGCUUCAGUAUACUCAUUGGCCAUCUGUCCAAUCUGGUAGUGAUUCAAAGCCCAGAUAUUUCCCCAUGGAGGUCUGCAAAAUUGUUGAAGGUCAGCGUUAUUCUAAGAAAUUAAAUGAGAGGCAAGUAACGGCCAUCCUAAGGGAGACCUGCAAGCGACCCAAUGAGAGGGAAGGGAGUAUUGUGCAGAUGGUUCAGCAGAACAAGUACAGUAAGAAUGAAUUUGCAGUUGAAUUUGGGAUUCAAGUGCUGGAUAAACCUACAUCUAUUGAAGCCCGUGUUCUUCCCGCUCCCAUGCUUAAGUAUCAUGAAACUGGGCAAGAGACAAGGGUUCAACCACGCGUGGGGCAGUGGAACAUGAUGAGAAUGAAAAUGGUCAAUGGUGCUCAAGUGAGAUUUUGGGCAUGUGUGAACUUCUCUUCACAGUUGCAACCUGAUAUGGCAGUUCAGUUCUGUCAGGAACUGGUUGGAAUGUGUCGCAGUAAAGGCAUGGAUAUCAAUCAAACUCCUGUACUUGAUAUGAUGAGAUGUCGAGCUGAUCAAAUUGAGAGGACUCUUAUUGAUGUCCAUGACCAGUGCUCCAAGAAGCUCAGUCAAGUGCAGGGAAAACUUCAGCUGUUGAUAGUUAUUUUACCGGAUUUUACUGGGACAUAUGGAAAGAUUAAGCGGUUAUGUGAAACAGAGCUUGGAAUUGUCUCACAAUGCUGCCAACCAAAGCAAGCACGAAAGUUGAAUAAGCAGUAUAUGGAGAAUGUAUCUUUAAAGAUCAAUGUUAAAGCUGGUGGAAGAAAUACUGUGUUGCAUGAUGCUGUAGAUAAACGUAUACCUCAUGUCACUGAUAAGCCCACAAUUAUUUUUGGGGCUGAUGUGACCCAUCCUCAAAGUGGUGAAGAUACUGGUGCUUCAAUUGCUGCGGUAGUGGCAUCAAUGGAUUGGCCGGAGGUGACCAAGUACCGAGGUUUGGUCUGUGCACAACCACACCGCCAGGAGAUUAUUCAGGACCUUUUUAAGUUUGUAGAGGAUUCUAAAAGGGGUCGGGUUGCUACAGGGAUGAUCAGAGAACAACUGAUAGCAUUUAGAAGAUCAACCAAUCGUAGACCUGAAAGGAUUAUCUUCUAUCGUGAUGGUGUGAGUGAAGGACAGUUCAGUCAAGUUUUGCUUCAUGAGAUGGAUGCCAUUCGGAGGGCUUGUGCUUCGUUGGAGGAUGGAUACCUUCCAAAAGUUACAUUUGUGGUGGUGCAGAAAAGGCAUCAUACACGGUUGUUUCCUGCCGAUCCUAAUCGAACUGACAGGAGUGGGAACAUUUUGCCUGGCACUGUUGUUGAUACCAAAAUUUGCCACCCUACUGAGUUUGAUUUCUACCUUUGUAGUCAUGCCGGGAUACAGGGUACUAGCCGACCCACUCACUACCAUGUUCUGUUUGAUGAAAACAAUUUCACUGCUGAUGAGUUGCAAAGGCUUACGAAUGACCUUUGUUAUACGUACGCGAGGUGCACUCGUUCUGUUUCAGUAGUACCUCCCGCAUAUUAUGCCCAUUUAGCAGCUUUUCGGGCAAGGUAUUAUGUGGAAGAUGAUGCAUCUGACAGUGGGUCUGCUUCAGUUGGUGGUAGGAACACCCGGGAGAGGGUUGGGGAAAUAAGAGCUCUUCCUGAGAUUCAUGGUAAUGUCAAGGAAGUGAUGUUUUACUGCUAGGGAUCAUUGUUCAAACCA